GACCUAUGAAUUUAUUGCUUUUAAAUACAUGAAGCAAACAAUAGGAUUUAGACAAAAUUCAAAAUAAAUCUGAAUCCAUGACCAAAUCUAUCACCAAAUAAUCAAACAAACAACCCCUAAAUAGUCAAAUUGCUCAUCCGGGAGGAAGCUAUAAAACCCGAACCGUUUGGAUUUCCACUUUUCUAUGAAAUCCAGAGACGGAGAGUGAGAGACCGCGAACGGCAAAUUGCUCACUGAAGCAGGACCGAAGACAUGAGUUUUCUCGCGGGAAGGUUAGCGGGAAAAGAAGGCGCCUACUUUUUCCAGGAAUCCAAACACGCCGUCAAUCGUCUCGUCGAGAAAUCCCCCGCCGCCACCACCACCACCAAACCAAUCGCCGCAACCCUAGCCCCGCCGCCUUCCGUUCCCCAAUCGGACGUGCUUCCGGAAGUUCUGAGGCAUUCCCUUCCGUCCGGAAUCUUUGGUAAGCCGUCGGAUUCCUCCACCCUCUCCAAUGGGUCCAAGUGGGUUAUCCCCUCCGACCCGAAAAACGGGUCGGGUGUCUCGCCGGACAAACUCAAUCCCCUCCGGGCUUAUGUUUCUCUGCCUCAGGUCACUUUUGGUCCCAAAAGGUGGGAAUUGCCGUAUCAGGAGCAUUCGAUGACGGCGUCGACGGCGAAUGAGCUGAGAAAAGACAAGUAUACCCCUAUGAAUCCUGAGAAGUUGAAGGCUGCUGCUGAGGGUCUUGCUAACAUUGGGAAGGCAUUUGCAGUAGCUACUGCCCUUGUGUUUGGUGGUUCUGCUGUGCUGUUUGGUUUAGCAGUGUCCAAGCUGGAGCUUCAGAAUGGUGAUGAUAUCCGUAUCAAAGGGAAAGACAUGGUUCAGCCGAAGUUCGAUGUAAUCAGGGAGCAAUUGAUGCCAUUCAAAGCCUGGGCUGAAGAGAAAUCAAAGAAGUGGCAGCUAGAUCGACAUGAAGAAAUCAAGGAGAAGCCAAUGAUCACAGCGCUUUCCAAGAUCCUCGGAGCAACAAAGACACCUUGAUGAUUCAUAUGCCCAACCACAAUCGGUCUGUGUUUCAAUUAUGUUCUUGUGCAUAGUCCUUGAUGUUGUACUUUCAGUCAUUAUGAAAAAAGCUGUAAGAUGAGAUAAAUAUCUAUAACCAUUCUGAGAAGUAAUUUUAUCUGUAAAAAGGAACAGAAUGGUGGAGGGAUCGAUUAGUCAACCGUCUGAAUGAGUUGCAAGGAGAAAACGAUAGCUUAAUGUUGUUUAUACUGGUUCUGUAAUACAUACUUCACUUGUUUAAUGUUUUCUGGUUCUUCUCUGAACAUUUCUAUUGUCUUGAAGCUUGUAACCAAGCAUGACUCGAAGUUGAUGACAUGAUUUGUAAAGACCAAGCAUGAUAUAAUGACAGAGGACUAUUCCAGAAGGAUAGAAAUUCCAAUCAGAGAUUCCUCAACAGCAAUCUGCCACUUCGAGGAUUUCCCUCAGCCUUUAGCUAUGGUCUAUGGAUUCCUAAUGAGCAAAAAACCAGUCCAUUUCUA